GAGAGUAGAGUAGCCCUCCAAAUCCAAACCGCAGACGAUCCCCGAUCUCCCAAAAAUGGCCGACGCCGCGGCGGCGGCCACCGUCCCCGGCGAGGCCGCCUCCUCCUCCGCCACGGUGCUCGAUUCCCUCGGGGAGGACAUCACCCGCAUCGUCACCCCCGUCUCCACCUGCAUGCUCCUCGUCGUCCUCCUCGUCUCCCUCCUGUCGUCCCCAUCCUCCCCUUCCCCCCUCUCGGCCGCCUUCACCGCCGCCGGCGGUGGGGGCACCGGCACGGGCAACGGAGCCGGAGGAGACGACAUCACCACCGCCCUCGUCACCGCCGUGACCUUCGUCGUCGCCGUCACGGCCGCCACCUUCCUCCUCGCGCUGCUCUUCUACCUCCGCUGCACGCCCUGCCUCCGCGCCUACCUCGGCUUCUCCUCGCUCUCCGUCCUCCUCCUCCUCGGGGGCCACGUCGCCCUCCUCCUCCUCUCCCGCCUCCGCUUCCCGCUCGACGCCGUCUCCUUCGCGCUGCUCCUCCCCAACGCCGCCGCCGCGCUCGCCCUCGCCGCGCUCUCGCCGGCGUCCGUCCCCAUCGCGCUCCACCAGGCCGCGCUCGUCGCCAUCGCCGUCCUCACCGCGUUCUGGUUCACGCUGCUCCCGGAGUGGACCACCUGGGCUCUGCUCGUCGCCAUGGCGGUCUACGACCUGGCGGCCGUGCUGCUGCCUGGUGGACCUUUGAGAGUGCUGCUUGAAUUGGCCAUAGAGAGGAACGAGGAGAUACCGGCCUUGGUCUACGAGGCAAGGCCGGUGGAUCCCCGCCAUGGCCAGAAUUGGCGGCUGUGGAGGGACAGGCAGUCAGGUGGGGAGUUGGAUGCCAAUUCCACCGUCGAGGUGAUUGGUGAGAUGUUGGGGACAAAUCUUGGUGCCAAUUCAGCUGGUAAUUUGGGGAUUUCGGCAACCCGAUCUGAUGAACAGGUUAACUUGGCUGCUGAUGCAAGAAAUUUGAGGCCCGGAGAAACAUCCGUGGCCAAUUUGAGCUCUGAUUCUUCCAGUUCCAGUGCACCAGUUGAGGUGCUGCCAGCAUUGCCAGAGACUAGAGUAUCUGUUGCAGAAAUGAGAGUACCAUUGAUCCAGCCGCAGCCGGUGAGAAGCAGGGAUGAGGACGAUGAUGAAGAUGGCAUUGGGUUGAGCUCAUCUGGGGCAAUAAAGCUUGGAUUGGGGGACUUCAUAUUCUACAGUGUCCUCGUUGGGAGGGCUGCAAUGUAUGACUACAUGACAGUGUAUGCAUGCUAUCUUGCCAUCAUUGCUGGCCUCGGUAUCACCCUGUUGCUGUUAGCAUUCUACCGUAAGGCAUUGCCGGCCCUCCCGGUCUCGAUCGCCCUUGGCGUUGUGUUUUAUGUGCUCACAAGAACACUGCUUGAGGCUUUUCUCAUGCAGUGCUCUACUAAUCUUUUGAUGUUUUAGAACUCAGUGAAGAUCAGAUAUUCAAAUAUUGCUGUAA